UCAAUUUUGCUCUAUUACUCUCAGUGCUCAUCAUUAUCUUCUUCGUCUUCUUCCAUCAGCGAGCAGCAGAUCCAUCCUUCCCUGGCAGUGGGUGUACCCGACCCUCCCGCUCCAGCUCCGCCGCCUUCUUCUAGCCUAAGGCACGCUCUCGCUCUUCCCCUCUUCUCAUCAUCGCCAUUUUUUGUUCGGUAGAGGAAGAUUGAGGAGGCGGGGAGAAAGAUCACGGAAGGGAGAAGGAAUGAAGGGCCUUUCAUCCGCUCCUGGAGAUUACGUUUUCUUCAAGUCGCAAGUACCCCUCCACAAGAUCUCCAUUGGAUCAAAACAGUGGAGAUACUAUGACUUUGGUCCGAAAUCUGUGCCGCCUCUUAUCUGCCUCCCUGGAAUUGCUGGAACUGCUGAUGUUUACUAUAAGCAGAUAAUGUCGUUGUCCGUUAAGGGAUACCGUGUUAUUUCACUUGAUUUACCACGAGUUUGGAACCAUCUUGAGUGGGUUCAUGCAUUUGAGAAGUUCAUAGAUACAAUUAAUGUUCAUCAUGUUCAUCUUUAUGGCACAUCCCUUGGGGGGUUUUUAGCUCAAAUUUUUGCUCAGCAUAGACCAAGACGAGUUAAAUCACUUGUUCUUUCAAAUACUUUCUUGGACACUGAAAAGUUCUCUGCUUCAAUGCCAUGGUCUCCAGUUGUUGGUUGGACACCUUCUUUUUUGCUGAAGCGAUACAUCUUAACAGGAAUUCACGAUGGUCCACAAGAGCCAUUUAUAGCAGAUUCAGUGGAUUUUGUUGUUGGGCAGGUCGAAACAUUGUCUAGAGAUGACCUGUCAUCACGGUUAACAUUGAAUGCUGCUCCUGCAUCAGUUGGUCCUCUAUUGCUCUCCGAUUCCCUUGUGACCAUUAUGGAUACAAACGAUUAUUGUGCCAUUCCUCAGUAUCUAAAAGAUCAAGUCACCGAAAGAUAUCCUGGUGCAAGACGAGCCAUAAUGAAAUCCGGAGGUGAUUUCCCUUUCCUUUCUCGUCCGGAUGAGGUUAACCUAUACCUUCAGCUUCAUCUAAGACGCGUCGGAGUCGAAGCCAAGCAGGACCAAAUCUCCGGCGCUUCAAAUGAUGGUAACGCGGGGAGUCUGUAUGAUGAUAAACAUGGCAAGCGCGAGGAAGAUCCCCAGGAAGGCCAAGGAAGCUCCGGUUCGCAUUUUGAAAGCCAAGAACCACAGUCCUCAAACAGUGCUGAGAAAUCUCAUGAUACUAAUGGAAACCAAAAUGAAGACGGUCCCUCGGUAGACCAAGGAAGCUGUGAUUUACCUGAAACCUGUAGCUUAGGGGAGCAGUUCUUAAGCAUUAUAAGCAUGAAUCAGAUGGCUUUAGCUGUAAUCACCCUCUUUGUGCAUGCCUCAUCAUCCAUUCUGUUGAUGAUUCAGUUGAACUUAGGUGUGUCAUGCACUGCAAAUACAUUUAAGGCUUAGGUCCCUUGUGUAAAUUUCCAGCAGUUACAACCUUGGAAGGUUUAUUGAUUGUUUUAUCAAAGUUGGAUAUGGAGUGAAAAGUCCUUCAUUGGGGGAAUCAUCAGUUGUAUUUAUUGAAUUAUGGUUCUUGCUUCAAAUGGAAGAGGUUUGUGUGAAAAAUUGCCAGGAGAUACAGAUCUUCGAAUUGAGUUAGGUGUUCUAGUUUAACAUUGACAAUUGCUUUGAUGUUGGGUGUUGCAUCUUGGUUAGUAAUAAGUGUGGUCAUCAUUAGUCUUGUCCCAAUUUUAUUUUAGGCCGAAUUUAUAAUUUUAGAUUUUCAUUCAUCCAUGUUAUGGGGUACAUCUUGCAUUAAGAUAUUUAUUUCAA